GCUCAAGCUCAUGAUUAGUUAGGAAGAAUGAAAUCGAUUACAGAAAGCAUCAUAUUGCCUGUCAGGAACAAAGCCAGUUUCUACAGACAGGCUCUUAAAUCGCUCCUUUGUCACCUCUGGGAUGCUUACUCCACGCCCUCUCCGGCCGGCAGAGACGUCCUCGCCCUGCUGUCUCUCUGCCUCACUCUCUCCGUCGUCACCGGAGGCCUGCUUCACCGCUGGCUGUCCGGGACUCUCAGGUACGACCACGACGCGUCGGUCCAGACCGCCUGCGUCUACAGCGCGGCCCUGUUUCUGGCCUCCUUCCUGUGCCACCCCCUGCGCUGCGUGCUCACCAUGACUCUGCCCACCGUCUGCACCAAACAGGGCCGCAAACUCCUCGCCUCGGCCUCGGUCAUGGUCCUAGUGCUGAACGUCAUCCCCAACAUCACGGUGAACGUCGGCGCCGUGUCUCGCAUCCUGAAGUGCAGCGCCGAAGGCUUCACGAAGACUUUGCUGAACUCAUCCGAACUCUUGAACAAAGCCAAGCGGGACGUUGUCGAAGCAGCGAUCAAAGUAAAGAGAGAAGACCUGAGCAUCGUCAACAACUUGAGGACUUUAGAUCAUUCCACUAAAGUUGACGUGUCCGAGGUUAAAAGCAGGUUCACUGAGAUGAUCGGGCAGAUUGAGGCCAACUUCUCGCACGCCAGGAACCUGCUGAAAGAAUACAAGCUGCUGUCAAACCGAAUCCUCGCUGCCAUUUUUGUGGCGUUACUGAUUCUCGAAUCGGCACGCUACUUGAAAUCUUACCUGACAUCGGUUCAGUUCGACAACAUCCACGUCUCCAAAGAGCUCCUGCUAAGAAGACCUCAUGCUGGCUUUGGGAAGCCAGCUAAAAAUAAAACCUGCUCCUCAAGUUGUAAAAUAACAAGCCAGGAGUGCACCUCCUCUUUCAUAGCUCUGAUUGUGGUGACGUUACAUUUCGCUGCCAUCACCUUCGUUGUGAUUUUGGAUCACGUUGUGUAUUACAUAGUUCAGAUGAUCGUGCCGUGGUUGCAGGAGUUUCCACCUACAUCUGCCGUUAUAAGCGUCGACUACAAGGUUAAAUGGUUCCCCCCUGCGUUUUGCAUUAUCCCGCAGUCGUGCGUCAGGCGGGAGUUAACGAACUUCCAGGGGGAUUACACGUGGGACUUCAGCCCCGAGCCGUCGUCCUGCAAUGUAACAACUUCAGCUCCCAGCUCGGGAGUCACCCUCCUGCUGGGAUGUCUCUGGCUGAUGAGCUACUUUCUGGUGUUCCUUGAAGUUUAUGCCAGACGGCUGCGCAGAAAAAUCUCCGCUUCCUUCUUCAGAAAGCAGGAGGAGAGGAGAACGGCCCAUUUGAUGAGGAAAAUACAAGUGUGGCAGAAUCGAGAUGAGGAGAAGACGGCGGUUACUCUUGAUAUUUGUGUUUCUGACUGAAAUGUCUCAGCUGAACAUAAAACAAAGGGCGUGCCCUCCGUGUUCGGUGGUGUGUUUGUUUGGACAAUGCUUUCUAACAUUAAAUCUUUUACUGCUGAAUGUUUAAAUAUUGAUUUAAAAAAAACUAAUUUUAUGACAUUUAGUGACAGAAAGAAAGAUAUUUUUGACUGGUUUCAUAUUGAUGGUGUUGAAAAUUUUGGGACGUGAUGACUGAUGAUGAGAUUAACUGAAAAUCACAUGGAAACUUAAUAUUGAAAAUAACAACAAAAAAACAUUGCUGCAUUUCCCAGAAGCAAGGGAUAUUCUAAAUAAUAAUAGACUUAUCAGGAAUAAUGAUUAUAGAGAUGUGCAGGCACAUCAUUAACACAAUCAAUUUUCAUUUUGAAUAAGAGCCAAAAGAAUCAUCAGUAGAGGACAAUAGACCACUUAGUGGAGGGUUGUUAAAAAAAAUACAUAAACAAAACAAUUUUCCCUGUAAACAGCCAGGGAAAUGUCAACAGAGAAAUCCCUUACAGUUUAAAAUUUAAAUACAUUCUAAAAUACAUAAGAGAUCAUUUGUGACACAAUUUAAAUGACGAAGGAUGUAUGUUCUCUGGUAUAUGUGCCGUUAUCAUAAAUUGGAAAAAAAAAAAUCUGCAUGCUGGACCUGCAUGCUCUGUGGUUGUUUACGUUUUUAUGUACAGAUGAUAGAAAACA